UCUCAAUCUUGUCUAUUACAUUGCGCGCGGAAACAAGAUGGCGACGUCUGUGAUGCGCACGGGAUGGCGUGCAUCGGGAGGAACGUUGAAAUCCUUAUCAACAUACCCAAAAACCUUGCUAAAUGCACAUGUCUACCCCAAUGCGCCGAACUCAAUUAUUAUUCACACACAAAAACGAUCCUUAUUCGUUCUCCCUUUCGGUAUGGAUGUGGGUAUACUGGGCUUUUCCGCCUACUAUUUGACUAGGCUGAGGAAACCUGAGCCGGAAAAUGUGACCAGUAUAUUCGGGCCCGAGCCUUGGGGUAAGGAAAGUAUGCAGAACCCAGAGAAAGUGGUCCGUUGUAUCGCGCAUAGAGGCGCAGGUUUAGACGCUCCUGAAAAUACUAUGGAGGCCUUCAAGUAUUGUGUAGAACGAGAAUGCAAUAUUGUAGAACUUGACGUCAGAACAUCCAGAGAUGGCAAGCUUGUACUCCUACAUGACCAAGGGUUGGAAAGGCUGACCGGCACAGAUAUAGCUAAUGUACAUCUCAUGGACUGGGAUAAGAUCAAGGAUAUAGAUGUGGGUGCUACUCAUCCUAAUAGGAAACAGUUUCCCGACGUACGUCUAUGUCUGCUCGACGAGGCUCUGGACUACUUAUUAGCUAACAAUGUCAAGGUCAUCAUUGAUGUCAAGGGUGAAGAUAAACAGGUAGUAGCAGGUAUAUUGAAUUGCUUCUCCACCAGACCAACGUUGUACCAAAAUGCAGCAGUCACCUGUUUCAACCCAUUUGUAUUAUAUCAGAUACGUAGGAACGACCCCCAGAUAGUGGGAGCUCUCAGUUACCGGCCGUACUGCUUCAGCUCGCAAGAGUAUGACGCAGAACGAGGUCCUAACAAUCCUAGAUUCGCCGACAACCUCGCCCUACACAGCGUUUUACGUUUCGCGGACAUGAUACACUCGCUACUGUGGCGCUGGUCGGCGCGCUGGUGCGCUGUCAGCGCCGUGCUGCUGCACAAGGAUAUCGUGAGCCCGAGUGAAAUCCAAUACUGGCGAUGGCUCGGCGUCCGCUGCGCCGGGUGGUGCGUCAACCGACCUUUAGAGAAGUUGUACUGGCGCGGUGUUCUCAAGGCGCCCUACCUGGCCAACACGCUGCUUGGAGAACCUGAUGUCGAGAAAAAGACAACAGAGAAGGACAGUUACAGCAAUUUGGACCGCCCCGGUCCGCUAGUAGACAAACUGCUAGAACCCGAACGAAAGAUGUCGUCCGGACAGAAUUAAUUGCUAUUUAUUUAUUUAAAUAAUAAAAUUAAAAAAAAAAACGAACAAAAUGACCGAUAUAGGCGUAGUUCUGCGGUGACAAACAGUUUUGGGCUUUUAAAAUGAAUUUGGUUAAAGUCAGUGUGCCUUUAAAAAAAAAGACUAUUUGAAGCCAUUCUUUUUUUACUUACGACGGAACGGAGCAGGUGUUAUGCGUUUUAAAUAAAUAAUUUGACGUAAAGCGAAAACAAACAAGUUGAUAAUAUAAUUCCAUUUAAUUAAACGUAGAUAUGUGUAUUUUGACUUAGAAGAAAGUUCGCCUCAAUUUCAUUUGACUUCUAUUUCUCCUAGUGCCAAAUAAACUGUUUGACAUCGCAGAAAAGCCUCAUUGUACCUACAAACGAAACCAAAUUAUUAAGUAUUAUAGUCUCCUAACCACUUCGCCGAUCGACCGAUCGAUUUUUUACGCAACUACAAAAUGGGGAUUAAAGUUAUCGGGUAAAAAACGCAAUAUUUUCUCAUUCGUAGAUCAAAGAGACCUCGCGGAAAAGUGACGAUGAGGCGCCUCGCCUAAAGGGAAUGGAUUAGAAGCCUCGGUGCCUCGACGCAGCGGCGAGGCACGCCGGACGGAGUCAGACUGCCUCGAGCGCAGCGGACUUUUAACUUUAAACUCACUGUUUAGGGCCCGUUUUUCCUUCGAAUUAAAUUUUUUGCAGCCGUUGAUUCACUCUUGAUCGCGUAAAAGAAAAACUAGAUAUAUUUUCGAGUUUAUCUACCACAUAAUGUUCGUGUUGAAUUGGUCUUAUUUUUUGACUUGCAAUCGGCCAAUGAUAUAAUAUGACCUAACUUAAGCAAGUUUUCGUAUAGAGACAAUCAAAUACAAUAAGGUCGGAAUUCAGCAUACACAGAAAAGAAUGUAGACUUUACUGUUUUGACAGUUUCAAACGAUUUUUUGACAAAUUCGGUCAUACAUGUGAUUGGUCGAUAUUGAACGGAUGAAAUGCUUUAUUUGCGUGCCGUAAUUAAUUUAGAUCCAGCAGUAAUUUUAAUCGAUAUUGUUGAAUAAGAAUACAUGUUUUCUAUAUUUGAACAUUUUUGCAUUGGAAAAACAGGCCCUUUAUUAUUUUUCAUAUUUUUUUCUCAAUCAUUUCUAAUGUUUUGCUGUCCGCGAGGCCGUCUUGCCUCGUCGCUGCACUCGAGGCGUCUCUGAGGUUUGUUAACUUCUAAUUAUGAGGUUAUUAGCUCAAAUGUACCAUUUAGGACCCAUUUACAAUCAUCUGUUAACUUCUAUCUGAGAAAUAAAUAUGACGGUUUGACAUAUUUUCUGUCAAAACGUCAAACGUAUUCUUCAAAUAAAAGUUAUCUGUCGAUUGAGAAGGCCCUCAAAUAGCUUAGAAUUACUAUGCUUAGAUAAAAAGCAAUACCUACAAAAUAGUAGGUAAUAAACUAGACCUGCACGCUGUUAAGCUAUAUGUAGGUAAAGAAUUUAUUUUAUUUCAAGAAUAUUACGAAGCCUUGAGGUGCGUUUUGGAAGCGAGCUGUAGACCGCAUGUGCAACGACUGCAUGAAAUCUGUUGAUAUUUGAGGGCUGCUGGCGUUCUAAUACAAAACGAUUUUACACACACUAGUAGUACAACUGCGGUUCGUACGAUCGGCAGUUGCAGUCGUCAGCUGGGUUCCAAAACAUACCAUGAAUAUUGAAUGAAAUACCUUUUCUUCAUAUUUCGCUCUAUUUUUUUUUAAUAGUUUGUGCUGAUGACCUCAAUAAUAUGAUUUAUGAAUACCGUGUACAUAUUAUUUUUGUAUUUUGAAAACAGUAUUUAUUAUUUAUUUUUUACACGCUAAUUAUUUAUUUAAAAAUUGUUUUGUUCAAGUUUUUUUUACGAGAUUACUACGUUUUUGACUAGAUUUGGUACCGAAACGAAGUACAUAAAUUUUUUAGUACCAAAAAAAUGUGGAAUAUUUUUAUUUGCAGCGUUGUUUUAGGUUUAAAAGAAAGAGUUACGUAUAUUUAUUUUUUGAUUGAAAUUUAACAUUUCAGUAGAUGCAUUUUAAGGUGCUGCUUGUAAAAUCGAAGACUGUAUGACUUUUGCAAAAUAUCACUUUUAAUAAUUGAUUAAGGAUAUGGCAAUAACAAAAGUACCUAUAUGAUAUAUUUGAUAUCCAGCAAGAUUGCAAGAAUAUAACCCUUUUUUGCCAAAAAGGAUUCUUAUUCGAUAGGAAUCUACUGGAUUAAAUACAUUUUAUAUCGUACGAAACAAUAGAUAGUGUAUUAGAAUUGGCCUUUAGUCAAGUUACGUUUUUAUUUCAUGAAGAAUAAAACGGAGAUGAAACUAACUGUACGUAUGGUAAGCGCAUGCAAAAUUUGAUGCCUUUUCUGAAAAUUCUUGUAAUUUGUAUUACAUUAAUCGUUUUGACAAAGAAAAUUACUAAAUUAUUAUGUUAUUAGGUAACCUUGCCAAUGAUGCUUUAAAAUUUAAUUACCUCUUUGGUAUUACAACGACAUUUUUUUUUAUAUUCACGACGCGUUUUCUGUUUUAACGUAAAUGCGCCUUAAGGUGAAUGCUUGGACUUGUAGCGGGAAAUUAAAAAAUAAAAUGUUUUUUUUUUUUUUUUUUUUUUUUAGUUUUACCUUAGUUUUUUUCGAUAGGAGGCAUGAUCUUAGCGAUUGCCAUAAUAAUAUAAGUCGAAGUAAUUUUUGAUGUCUCUCUUUUGCUCCGAAAGAUCUUACAAUUUAAGUGUAAUCCGAUAAACUUUUUAGCGCAAAAUAUAACAAUGUAUCGGAUUGUAUUUGAAUUUAAGAACUUUCGGAGUCAGACAAGGAUGUAAGAAAUGCUUUGAGGUAUAUUAUUACCGCGAUAGAUAAUAUUAUGUCUCAUAUCGUAUGUUAACAUAUUUAUGUAAAACAUUUUAUAUUUGAAUUCCCGCUACCAGUUGAAACAUUCACUUUAACGACAUUAAAGCAAUGUACCAAUAUAUUGGAAGUAGGUACAUGAUUAUUUGCCCAGUUUAUUUUAUUAAUGUGAGAGUAUUAUUUUACCAAAAAUUAAAUGUUUAUUUAGUGUUAUUUGCACAAAAUCUUGUCCGUCGUUAUUUGUAUUUUGUGGCUCUUCGUUAAUUUCUAAUGUUACGACCUCUUUGCAGAACUGCUGUAAUUUUUAAAUAAUAGUAAUAUACAAGGAAGGUUGAAUUGCCUUGAGACACUUGUCUUAUACGUUUUGACCAUUUUUUGGUACAGUCUGUGCGAAAACUGCUAUUUUCCCUUGAAAAUUGACAGCUGUCAACUGCACAAAAGAUGACACUGCUGCUGAUUCUGCAUUCAUUUUGAUAGCUAAACGCUAUACCAAUUUGGUUAAAUUCAAAUUGAUUAUAGAUUUUUGUUUAUCAUACCCUUCUGUGUGGUCGUAACAUUAGCAAUUUACUACUGUAUAUGUCAACAUGCCGAGAUUUUAAAAUAAAAAAACGGGAAAUUAUUGGAGUUUAUAAGUAAUAUAUUUUAAUAUUUUUCGUAUGUUUUUGUAUUACAGCUUGUCUAAGCUGAAAUGACGCCUCCUAUUACUUACCGCAUUUAUGUCAAUUCGGUACUGCUUAGACGUAAAUGUAGCCUAAACGAGCUACAUAGCAAUCAACCUAUUUUAAUCUGUCAAUUUUCUUCAAUAGAUUUUCAGCCUUAUCACAAUAGUGGAAGGUUAAUGUUCGAUUGGUAACAUUUGACAGAUUCGGGUAAGUUGACCUGCUUGUGUACCUACCUAUUCUAUUUAUAUUAUAUGCUGGUCUACCUAUUAAUCUCACAGUAAAAUUUACAAAAUGGAUAAUGUUGCUAAUAAAAAAAAACAGCAAAAUCAUAAAAGUUUUUCUCUCGGAGUAUUGACAAUAUGUAUGAAUGUAUUAGCGAAGAGCCUUACCGUAAAUGUACAAAGUACUUGUAAGUUGGUGUCUGUGUGUACGACUGUAUGAAUUGUAGCUUGUUUAUCUCAAAUAAAUAUGACAUUUUGGCUA